UAUUAUAUUUCACCGAAAACAGAGGAAAUAAAUAAUAAAAUUAACAAACAUUCUACUAGAUUCCAUACGAGAUGAUCGACUUCAUUGAACAGCGUUGCUGGGAAUUCGUGCACGCUUAUCAAACUCAAGAAGAAAGCGAUAUGCUGUGGUUUACAAUAUCAUUUGAAGAUGGCUGGACAAAAUUUAUGGUUUGGUAUCAGAAAAUUGUAGAAGGAAUCGCUACUAUUUGUGUUGGUAACCCGUUUCAAAUAAAUGAUAUUUAUGAGCGACUUGAUGCUUUGGAACGUAAAAUUAAGACAUUUUGUCCACAAUUUUUCAUCGACGGCGAUACAAAUCUGUGGAUUAUAAAACCAUCUAAUUGUUGUUCCGGUAUAGGAAUAAUAUUGGAGAGACGUUUAAAAAAUAUUUUGAAAACUAUUAAAGAUACUAACAGUUUCAAUAAAUCAUACAUUAUACAGAAAUAUAUAGAAAGGCCAUUGCUUAUAUCUAAAGUCAAAGUGGAUUUGAGACAAUACUUUUUAGUUACAAACACGAAUCCCAUACAAAUAUGGAUGUACAAGGAAGGAUAUGUACGAUUUUGUUCCAAGAAGUUUACAGUUCAAGAUUUAGGAGAAGAGAUUCAUCUCAGCAAUGUCAGAGUUCAAUCAAUGAAUAGAAAAUAUAGAAUAGCCGGUGUACCGGAGGAAUGUAUGUGGGACUAUAAGCAAUUUAAAGAAUAUCUGAAAUCAAUUAAGAAAGGCGACAAGGCCCCCAAAAAUGGAAUAGCUCAGGGCCACUAUUGCAUUAGCCUAGGUCUGGGCUAUGUAUCAUUGUUAAAUUCAGUGCCGCAACUUGGUAUAUAUUGGUGGGUGUGCAAGCAAAUAUUAUAG